AUGGAAAAUGGAGGAGCACUUUACUGGGAUACAAAAGAAAUUAGAUUUUAAGAGAAUAAGACCAAUUUCGUUAAUAACAAGGCAUAAAUAUACGGAGAUAAUGUUGCUUGUUAUGCCUAGUAGCUAAAAUAAAUUUCAGAAGAGACAUAUUAGUAAAGUAUUGGAACAGAUAAAAGAGCACUUAACUCUAAUGAAAUUCUAUAGCCCUAACUUUCAUCAAAUUUGAAUGGAUUUAGAAGCGGAGAUAAAGUUCAAAAUUUGUACUUGGCUCUUUUUGACAAGUACGGAUAAAUUGUCACGACAGCAAAUGGCUCAAAGUUAUAGGUCAGUGUAAAUUCGUUUUCUUAAACUCAUGAUGCAAGUCAAUAAUAUUAGCCAAUUAUUGAGGGCACUGCAGAUUAAGAGAGUGUGAGAUUGGAGAAAGACUUCUCGAUAGAGGUUCUUGUGAACUGUGUCCGCCUGAUAUAUCCUUCUCUCUAAUAAAAUAAAAUUUACCUGGAUAAUGUCAUUCUUGUCCUACCAAUGCCGCUUAUUGCUAUGGAGGAUCAUUUAUUGGACCAAAGCCAGGAUAUUGGAGAAAAAAUAAUUAAACAUCAAAUUUCAUAAAAUGUCUAAAUGCUUAAGCUUGCUUGUAAGAUACUCAGAUUUAUAUUAUGUAGAGGAAUAAUUCCACCAGAUUUUUCACCCAUUGGAAUUUGUGAAAAAGGAUAUGCAGGGAUUUUAUGUUCAAGAUGUAUCUAAGAUUAUUCAAGAGUAGGAGAAUUUUAAUGCUCGAAAUGCCCAGAUCAGACUCAAAAUAUUCUAAGAUUAGUUGGUGUCUCAUUUGCAGCUGUAAUAAUUGUCGUGUUACUAAUCAAGUCAACACUAAAUGGUGCUAAAGAGAAGAAAAAUGUGAUGUCUAUUUACUAAAAAAUCUUUAUGAAUCAUCUACAACUAAUUGCAAUGACAUCUCAAUUCAAUUUCAACUGGCCAGAUGUAAUAUUAAAAUUUUUCUCAACUAGUACUCCUAUUGCUCAAGCGUAGACUCAAGUUUUCUCAAUUGAUUGUUUUAUAGAGAGGGAACUUUAUUUGAAAACAGAAAAUAAUGAAACUAAUAGUAGCUAAAUAAACAGUGAUAAAACUGAAGGAGUUUUUUCUAUUAAUGUAUUAAAGACUAAAGCUGUUUCAUCAACAGUUAUAUUGCUUUUUUUAAUACACCCAACAAUCGUGGCAUUUUUCUUUAAGGCUUUUGAUUGCAUUGAUAUUGAUGGAGAAAGUAGAAAUAAAGAGGAUUUAUAAAUUGAGUGCAGCUCUAGUUAACAUCAAAUUUUUUCCUUAUUAAUUGCUUUGCCAGGGCUUUUGGUUUGGGGGAUGGGUAUUCCCUUUUUUGCUUUUCUACUAAUGUUUAUAAAGCGAAAGAAUUUAGAUUUGAUUGAAACUAGAGCUCAAUACGGGUUUCUAUUUAGAGGAUAUAAGAGAAAGUUUUAUUAUUGGGAGAUCGUGAUUAUGUACAGAAAGAUUAUCUUGAUUUUCAUUUCUGUAUUUGUUGUUAGCCAUGGAAUUAUUACUCAACUUGCUCUUUUCUUUUUAAUAUUGAUAAACAAUAUGAUAUUUUUUGGAUACUGGACAUAUGAACUCAUUCAAGAAAUAAACUCAAUGCUUGUUCUCAAAUUUGGGAAACUCUAUUUAAUACUUUUCAAAUGUAAUAACAAGAAAAGAUUUGAAAAAGAUAAAAAAUAGAUGUAGAUUAUUGAAGAGAACUAGAUUUUAAGAGAAAAUUUGAUGAAUUCAUUGAAAGUUGUAAAAUAACUAUAUGCAGAUGGUGAAAUUAUAUUGAAUAAAAAUAUAUUAGAAAAACUUCAUCUCUACUUGAACAAAGAGAAGAUAUUAGAUAUUGAUGAUUAAGAAGCAUUUAAUGGGGUGAAAUAAUUUAGCAGUAUGAAACUUGAUGGAUUAAACUAAUUCAACAAAUAACUAGCCAUGCCAGAUUUUAGGAGAAGCAUUGAAGAUGGAAAAGAUAUUUAAUUGGAGAAUGAUGAGCUUAUUAUUGAAGAAUUAGAUGAUGAUAUUGAGAUAAUACAAAAAUAUUAAUAGUCUCAAUGA